GUUUCGUAAAUAUAAUCAAAUCCUAGCCCGCAUCAAUUCCCUUUUCCUCAAAAAAAAAAAAAACCCCUUUUUCUUCAAAAUUGACUUGAAAGUUGAAACCGUAUCAGAUAAAUCCCACCACCAUUGCUUUAACCUGCAGCAACGAUAGACAACAGCUCAUUCCUUCUUCAUCCCUCCCUUCUCCUCUGCUAUCAACUACUAUAAUAAAGAAAGUUAUAUAGUAGUAGUUAGUAUAAACCUUUCCUCCCUUUAUUAUCCAAAAAAGAGAACUUCUUACCAUUGGGUUGGAAAAGAAAAAAAAGAAAGAAAUUAUGUGGGACGAGUGGGAUAACCAUAACUAUUUGCAACGACAACAGCAACAGCAACAACCCCAGCCCCAGCAGCAAACUGCUGAAGAAGCAGAAUCGACAUCAUCGGAAUCCGAGGAGCAACAACAACAGGAGGAAAAACAAUCCCAUCUCAAUUUCGAUUUUUUGUCAGUUUUAGCUAAGCCUAAGGAUUAUUAUAGGAUAUUGGAAGUUGAUUAUGAUGCCACGGAAGAAGCUAUUCGAUCCAAUUAUAUCCGUUUAGCUUUGAAAUGGCAUCCGGAUAAGCAAAAAGACCAGGAUUGUGCUACUUCUAUAUUUCAGGAGAUAAAUGAGGCUUAUCAAGUUUUGAGUGAUCCUGUCAAACGUCAAGAAUAUGAUCAGAACGGAAUGCUACGUGCCUAUGACUACAACAUAGUAGAGUAUCUUAAUCGUUACAAGGGUCUGAUUUUGACAUGCAAUGGGCUUGGCAUGGAGUGUUCAAUGUGGUGAAACUGAAUACAGUAAUAUGCAUAGAGAUGCAUCAGGCGAUCCUUUUUAAUCCAGCAGGAUGCCAGUGGGGUUGCUGAAGGCCUGCUGUUGGAUGUUGCUGCUUACACCAACUAGGAUGAUUGAAUAUCUUGUUCUCUUAUGUACAGAUUCCUUCAGAAUCUUUCAUGCCUUUGGUGGUUCUGGUGCAAAGUUUCAGUGGCCCUGUAACUGCAAAGAUAUUGCGGUGUAUUAUAAAUAUCAAUAUACUUGGCUGGCUGAUUGAAAAUGAAAAAUGGGGCAUAUUUGGUCUCUCAUUUUGCCAGUCUGAUGAUUGCCUUGUCUGAAAAUAUUGUUCAGAAAAAUCUUUUGAAUUAACUUUGCCAA